CAGGAGCUCUGCUAGGGUUUGCCAGGGAAGGCAAAGUUGGCAGCAGGGGGGAACGAAGAGCGGAUCGGUGGUGGAGUCUGUCAGUGUAAAUAGAGGGAAGAGGUGCAGACGACAGCCUCGAGCGAAUUACACGGAUUACACACUUUCGAUCGAUCGCGGGAUCCGUGACAGGGGAGGCGAGUAGCCAUGUUUCUCCGACGCAUCGCAGGCCCGCUGUUGGGCGGAGUCAAGGAAACGACGGGAAUUGUGGGCCUGCCCGUGGUACCGAAUGCGAGAGAGGUGUUAAUUGGUCUGUAUCGGAAAACGCUGGACGCAGUGCAGCCGAUUCCUGAGUCAGCGCAGUACCGAAAAACAGUGGAGGAAAUUACACAGCAUCGGUUGGCAAUCUGUAAUGAGGAGGAAGACUGGAAGGAGAUCGAGAAGCGUGUUGGAAACGGACAAGUGGAGCAGUUGAUUCAGCAGGCCAAGGAUGAGCUGACAUUGAUCCCCAAAAUGGCUGAAUGGAAACCAUGGGAGGCACCAGAAGGUUAUAAGGUUCAAAUUAUGAUCGAGGAGAAUGAUGUUCCUAGCCAUGUUCCCCUCCAUCGGUAGUCAAUUCAUUCUGCCAAAAUAAGUGACUUGGAAAACUACAAGCAGAUUACAAUUACUUGUUCCGUUGAUCAUGAUAUCGACAAAGCAAGUUCUUCAAGCUUUGAAUCCUGUUAUUUAUUAUUUAUUUUAAAUAGGAGGUCAUCUGCAUUCACACCUAAACCAACCUGGCAUGACGGUAUUAUGAGAUGUAUUUAGAGUCUGCCCAAUGUAAAUUGUGUAUUUAACAGGCAUAGGGACUCUUAGUUACUUGUUCUGUCCCACUGGACCUUUACUUGGAACAGGUUUUUAAGGCGCAUUUUGCCUAUGUGGAGCUAUAAGUUUUGGCUUUGCAAGCGCAUGAUUUGCUAGAUCAUAAUAACGUCAGCAACAGGACAGGUUCCAGUACUUUCUCUAGUGAAGUCAGUUUACCUCUUGUUUAUCCUCUAUAAAGGCAGUUCAGUGCCACUCCCCUGGCUCUCAAUGGAUUGGGUGAACCUUAAUUGUUCAGACCGGGAUCUUUGAUGAGGCACAUGGCUUACACUCCAGAGUAUGUGGGCAUAGUGAAUUCGGAGUGCGUGCCUUCGUGAUACAAAUUCAAUUUCAUUUUCGGAAUUCAAAUUUUCUCUAGAGAGUGUGAUGGCAAUUUGAUGGCAGUACCAUGUAUAAAUAGCUGGCUGUCUGCUGAAGUAGUGCACUGUAAGUAGAUAUGAGUGAACAAACCAACUUCUGACAUUUGUACUAGGAUAACGCUUGGGACUAAGAGGCUGAGGACGCUUUGCCUGUUGUAGAUUUCUUGUAGCUUGGAACUAUUAGAGUGUGAUAGUCACUUUCUCGGUUAAUUGCAGUAUAGUUAUCUUUCGUGCUUUUCUUUUUCGGACCUUUUAUGAAGAAAAGAGCUUACUAAAGUCAAGCUUUCUGGGCUAUUAUAACAUGGUCAUGUACACUGCAUUCCUAUUACAAACCUCUGCCGAAAGUCAAGCAUUUUGAGGCCAUCAUUUCAUGUGCCUUGGGAGUCUCCAGUGAAGCACAUCUUUAGUUAACUUUCUUGAGAGGGUUGAUUCCAUUGAUGGUGGUGGAAACGUCUGUUCUUGGAGCCAUGAGGCAGUUUGUGCUCGAAUAGGCUACUUGGCCUUUGGCUCCUCCCCCUUAAUGACGCUGUGCUGAUUAAUCUGCGAAUGUAGUACGAGCCACCAAAAUUGUAAGUCCAACUUCUGACUGAGUAAAGUGUUAGUUGCGCCUGAGUCAGUUUUACGUAGAGUUUUAUGUGAAAGCAUCCAAAUCUGGUUAUAGUGGAUGUCGUAUUCCGUACAGUCUACCAUCUUAGAUAGGAGUGAGUAUCGUUAAUAAGCGCAGCGAUCGAAUGAGCCGUUUCCUUAUAAUUUUGGUGGCUAAUUUUUUUCUGCGAGAACCUGACAUCUGCAAAGAGCUGGUCCCUGCUUAAAGCGCGAGUAUGCAUUGCUGAGCAUUAUCAUGUGGCAGUCUGAGAACUAUGAGAAGAUACCAGGCGGUGCGGACUAUGCAUGAAAGAGGUGUAGAACAAGUAUUGCAACGUCAUUUCGGAUAUUCUGUGCAGUUGUCAGAUAUUCACAUCUCUUUGGAAGAAGAGAGCCAGGCCAAGCCUACCAGACUUUCUGUGGUAGAUGGUAGAAGAAGACUUCUUGAAAACCUAUGCCGAGGUUUAUAACUCGUAUCCUCCAUCCAACAGAAGCUGUGUACCAUGAUACAGGCGACUUCUGUGAUAAACUUUUGACAGUGUGGGAAAAGGAAAGUCUCCCGUACCUGAACUCUACAGUGGAGCACUCACAGCAAGGUAGCAACCUAAAGUCCGGCGUACCCUGUGCUGUGUUCUCUCUGCUUUGUACAAAACUGCGUAAUCCUGCUCUAGGUUAUGAAGCCUCUGAGAUUCGUGUUGUGAAAUGGAAGGAGGGCAAUAUGAUUAUAUUCUUCCAAAUGAUAGCCUUCUUGCCAUCAACUUGACAAUUUGACUUU